GGCAGAGAGCUUCGGUGAAAAAUAGGAGACCGCAGCAGAAGAAGAAGAAGAAGGAGCUGCAGCACCAGUGCACUGCGUCGUCUCUCUGAAUCUUCAAUCUCUCUUCCAUUGCAGGCACGCAAUCACUAUCGUCUUCUCUUUCUCAGGUGUAUUUUGAAAUUUUGAUUCAAUAAUGGGACCUAUCAGAGGUAAUAAAAAGAAAAGGAAAGUGGAUACAAAAAGUGAAGAGAACUCUUUAGUAUCAGGAUCUUCAGAGGAGGGCUCCUCUGACUGGUGGGAUGCUCUAUCAAAGACAAUUUCCGGCAACCCGUCGUCAUCUAAGCUCUUGGACAGGUUCAAAUCGACGUAUCGAGUGUCCCGGAAAACAUUCGACUACAUAUGUUUACUGGUGAAGGAUCACAUGAUGGCCAAGACACAUUUCACUUUCACAAAUGGCAAACCGAUGUCGCUGAAUGACCAAGUCGCGUUAGCGCUCACCCGUCUCGGGUCCGGGAAUUCGUUGAUCUCGAUCGGGGACUCGUUCGGAGCUCACCAUUCCACCGUCUCCCAAGUCACAUGGCGAUUCGUCGAAGCGAUCGAAGAAAACGGUCUUCGCCACCUCCAAUGGCCGUCCACCGACCCGGAAAUGGCCAAGAUCAAGCACAAGUUCGAGAAAAUCCGCGGCCUCCCGAACUGCUGCGGCGUGAUCGACACAACCCACAUCACAAUGCAGCUGACGUCGUCCGAUCCCGACGCCGACGCCUGGCUUGACUGCAAGGACAACCACAGCAUGAUCCUACAAGCCGUCGUCGGUCCCGAUCUCAAAUUCCGGAGCAUCGUCACCGGCUGGCCCGGGAAAAUGAACGACGCGUCAGUCCUCCAGAGCUCCAACUUCUUCAAGCAGUGCCAAAAGGGGGAGAAGCUGAACAGCAGCAAGACCUGUUUCCCUGACGACACGGCGACGGAGAUUCCCGAAUACAUCGUCGGGAAUUCGGGAUUCCCGUUGCUGCCGUGGCUAAUGACGCCGUACCAAAAGAAGGAUCUUUCGGAGACGGAAUCCGAUUUCAAUAAAAGGCUCCUCGCGACCCACGCUGUCGCGCGACGAGCGUUGGCGAUGCUGAAGGACGUUUGGAAGAUGAUCCAACGCGACAUGUGGAGACCCGACAAGCAUAAGCUGCCGCGGUUUAUCCUCGCCUGCUGUAUUCUUCAUAAUAUUGUGAUCGAUAUGGAAGACGAGCUUCUCGACGACGUGCCGAUAUCGCUGUACCACGAUCGGGGAUACCGGCAGGACGUGUGCGAUUCCGUCGACAAAAUCGGGUCGAUUUUGAGGGAUAAACUGUGUAUGUAUAUUUCUGGUAGGUAGCUUGAGGUUGUGUUGUGUUCUUAAUCUGGGAUGGGAUGAGGAUGAGGAUGAGGAUGAUGAUGAUGAUGAUCGUAGAACAAGUACUACAGGUUGGGGAUGGCUGUCUAGACUAAUGUUUUUUGUUUUUUUUUUUUUUUUUUUUUUUUAAAUUUUUGGGUUUAAGAUUUGGAUGUAAAUUCAUAGUUGAUUUGAUUUCAUGUUUGGACAGAAUGGUUUCUUAUUUCAAUUGACGUUGAGGUUGA